UUCGCUCUCAGAACCAAUCUCCCUCCGCCGCAGUUCGGAGGCACUCAGAAUCGAGCAAUCUGUCGUGAGGGGAAGCAGCCGUUGCUGAAAGGUGGUGAGCUGCAGCACUGAGCGCCACAAAAGGCACUUUUCUCCCUGGCCUGGGGUGAUUUUAUUUUAAAGGGAGGAUAGUCCCCCAGGACCUGACUGGAUUUCCGCCCCCCGAUUCCCUCCGCCUAAUGUGAGACUGGCAAAAAAUACUGGAAGCACACACAAAAGCGAUGGGAACCUUUGGAGUGAUAGUAGGGAUUUUACAUUACGCAGGACUCUACAUCCAACUUAGCGCCUCGUCCAGACAAGGUGGACACGCUGAGGUAGAGAACCAUAUCUUUGGAAACGCGCUCUUUACAGAAGUCCCCCAUGACAUCACAACGCAGAGUGGGCGGGACGUGGAGAUGGCUUGCUCGUUCCGUGGGGCGGGCUCUCCCUCCUACUCUCUGGAGAUCCAGUGGUGGUACAUCAGGAACCACAAAGAAUGGACAGACAAGCAGGGCUGGAUGACCAAUCAGGUGUUGCCCCAGGAAGAGAUGUCAAAGGAUGCUACCAAAAUAAGUGUGGUGAAAGUGGCGGGGAGUAACAUCUCUCACAAGCUACGGCUGUCCAGCGUGAAGCCGUCGGACGAGGGUACGUACGAGUGCCGGGUCAUCGACUUCAGCGACAGCAAGGCCCGUCACCACAGGGUCCGCGCCUACCUGCAGGUGGAGCCGGAGCAGGACGCCGCCCUGCGCCACCCCCAGGACGCCCAAUCAGAGCACCCAAAACACCCUCCGGGACACGCCCACCACAAAGGAGGCAGGGAACUGAAGAAGCGCUCUGUUGACAGUGGCAAUGACUGCGCUGACAGCUGCGUGCUGUAACUCCGCCCCCAGUCACUAGGCAGCCGGUUGACACGCCCCCCUCCCUCUCUGUACAUUGUCUAAAAUCAUAAGAAAACGAGGAGUGCAUGUUAUGUUUCUCUGAAUGUUAUUCACAUAUCCAUGGCAAGGCAGGACACAUUAAGGCCUGGUUUUAUACAACAUCUGUCCUUAACUUUGACCAUUGACUUAACAAACAAAUGCAAGUGUUCAUCGUGCUGAUUUCGGCGAUCGAUGAACUCUCCAAACUCCUGGUGAAGUAAAAAAGUGAACACUUGUAUUUAUUUGUGACUCGGUGAGGACAGUGUUGAUUGAAUCCUGUAAUGAAUCCAAAUGGUGAUUGAAUUAGUUGAUUUUUUCCCCUUGGAUUUCGGUUGUUUUGAUUUAAUGAAUCAUUUUGCUUGUGAGAAGUCAGGCGGGAAUCGUCAUGGUGAUUUCUGACUCCCGUGUAUUUCUCAUUGCUGCUGAGCGAGUCGUUUUCCGCUUUGUCCAUGUUUUUAUGGCUCUGUCGCCAGGGCGACACUUAACGGGACAAUAUUUUGUACAGCGCGUUGGAUAAAAAAGGGUUGUUCAGUGUCUGCUGAGUGAGAUGUGCUUUCAAGUGCCACAUAUUUCAUUGGUCUUUGACUAAAAAAAAAACAUAUAAAACUUUAAACAAAAAAAGCUACAGUAUUUUAAUGUUUUAUGCUUUCUUAUGGACAACAUUUAUUAAGCUUUGUGACAGGUAUGUUUGAACGGUUCUUUUUAUGUUAUCUAUAUUUUGCUUUGAUGUUUUGUAAGAGAUCAAUGUAAAAAAUAUUGUACCUUUUUAAAUAACUUCUAGAAUGUUGGUCUCACCCUAUACACAUGCCUCAUCACAUUAAAUUAAUUGUAUAUGAACCCAAA